AUGGAAGCUACCAACGGUCAUAGCAAGGCCUGCUGCAACGUUCCGCCUGUUGUCAGCUCUGACUAUGUGGCUAAGGGCUCGUACAGCGAGCUCGGAGGAUUGAAGACUUAUGCCACCGGACCCGAGAACGCCAUAAAGGGAAUCGUCAUCAUUUCCGACAUCUUCGGAUACUCCGACCAGGCCCUACAGGGUGCCGAUAUCCUCGCGACCAGCCAUCGUCAGCAGCAUAAGGCCUUCAUUCCGGACUGGUUUGAUGGCAGUCCCUGCCCCUCGGAAUGGUUCCCACCCGAUACCGAGCAAAAGCAAAAAGAUCUAGGUGAAUGGUUUGGUAAAAACAUGCCCCAGGGUCCUGCCGCUGCUUUGCCCGAGUAUGUUGCGGCCCUCAAGGCUGCCAACCCAUCAAUUGAGUCGUGGGCUCUUGUCGGCUUCUGCUGGGGUGGUAAAGUUGCCGAAAUCAUCACCUCCGGAGAAAGCCCGUUCGCAAUUGCUGCUACCUGCCACCCGGCUAUGAUCGAUCCAUCUGGAGCAGAAGGAAUCUCGGUUCCAUACAUGCUUCUGGCAUCUGGCGAAGACCCUGCUGAAGACGUGAAGAAGUUUGAGAGCAACUUGAAGGUACCGCAUCAUGUGGAAACCUUUGCAGACCAGGUCCAUGGUUGGAUGGCGGCUCGGGCUGAUUUGUCGGACUCGCAUAUUCGUGACGAGUAUGCCCGUGGAUACAAGGCCGUUUUGGACUUUUUCGAGAAGCACUGGCUUUGA